AAGCCACCCAGUGUUGUAAGAAAAUAAGUGUGUCUGCAAGACAACACAAACCAUGACACGCAGUGAGCAAUGUAAGACGUCUUCCUGUUUUGGCGAUCUUUGGAGCUGACCUGAGAGACAGCGAGAGACAGCGAGAGUAGCAGGUGCAACGUCUCUUCUUCCUUUUUUACCGAAAAUUUGUGACUUUCUCCUCUCUUCUAUGAUGGAAGAGAGCGAAGACAGAAAAGAAGGAUAUUACCAGGUCGCCAAGCGGCUCCGGACGGAACAAGAGACCGGUGUAAAAGAGCUAGAGGACGGGAAGGAGGAGGAGGAUUCUGCCGCUGAGGAGGCAGCGGGGAACGGGUGCACUGAGAACCGCAGGAGCGGAGGGAAGGAUUGUUUGGAUGACAGUCGUCGCAUCCCCCCAUCUCCAGUUGUCCAUGUUCGAGGACUUUGCGAUGCUGUGGUGGAAGGUGACCUAGUGGAGGCGCUUGACAAGUUUGGCAACAUCUGUUAUGUAAUGAUGAUGCCUUUCAAGCGUCAGGCUCUGGUGGAAUUUGACAGCGUGGAGAGUGCUGAGCGCUGCGUGUCAUUCGGAACCCGUGAUGCUGUCUACGUCGCUGAGCAGCAGGCUUUUUUUAACUUCUCUACCAGCCAGAGAAUCACCAGACCCACCAACACAGACGACCCCUCCAGUGGAAACAAAGUCCUCCUGUUGUCCAUACAGAACCCUCUGUAUCCCAUUACCACUGAUGUGUUGUACACUGUGUGCAACCCAGUUGGUAACGUCCUACGUAUUGUCAUCUUCAAACGCAACGGCAUCCAGGCCAUGGUUGAAUUUGAGUCAGUAAAGGAUGCUCAGAAGGCCAAACUGGCUCUGAAUGGAGCUGACAUCUAUGCUGGCUGCUGCACACUCAAGAUUGAAUACGCUCGGCCCAACAGACUGAACGUCAUCUGCAACAACAACACCAGCUGGGAUUACACCAAACCCUUCCUCCUGCACCGAGAGCGGGGGAAGGGGAGACAACGUCAUGCCAUAUUGGGAGAGCAUCCAUCUAACGGCGGUGGUACACACUGGCCCCUCUUGCCUCUACCUGCUAAAAGCCGGAACUGGAGGUACAGCGAGGAGGUGCAGGAGAGGAUUUCUUACCCGCUACUCCAGAAGACCUCCCCCACAUCCUCUUCCUCUUUCCUUGGCAAAAGCAUGACUAGCUCUGUCACCAUGGUGAGCGGUCUCCAUCCUGUUAAGAUGAACUGCAGCCGUAUUUUCAACCUCUUCUGUCUCUACGGCAAUGUUGAGAAGGUGAAGUUCAUGAAAAGCAUUCCAGGCACAGCAUUGGUAGAGAUGGGUGAUGAGUAUGCUGUGGACCGAGCUGUGACUCACCUAAAUGGUAUCAAAGUAUUUGGCAAGAAAUUCAACGUCUGUGUGUCCAAGCAACAGGCUGUGAUUCCCAGUCAGGUCUUUGAGCUGGGUGACGGCACCUGCAGCUACCAGGACUUUAGUCUAACAAGGAACAACCGCUUCAGCAGUGCACAGAGCAGCAGGAACAUCAUCCAGCCACCCGCCACUGUGCUGCACUUCUACAAUGCCCCACCAAACCUCAAUCAACACCAGUUGCAAAAGCUCUGUACUGAAUACAACAUUUCAGCAUUCUCUAAGUUCAAGGUUUUUGAUGCCAAACCCAGCUCAAAGACUCUGUCUGGUCUGUUGGAGUUUGACAGUAAAACUGAAGCUGUGGAGGCUCUGACAGUCCUCAACCACCACCAGAUCCGAAUACCCAAUAGCUCCAGCCCUUUCACCCUGAAGCUCUGCUUCUCCACCUCCUCCCAUCUGUGACCCAGAAACAAGAUGGCCUGGACAAACUGGAAAAGACUUUAUUUGUUCUUUGAAACAAUUCUGCUUUUUCAAUGGAUGAUUGCUGUGUGGUCAAUGUAGAAAAAAAGAUUUUAGCAAUAAACUAAAUAAGUGACACCCUUGAAAAUUAGAUAAUUGAGCCAGACUUUCUUUGUUAACAUUUGUUAAUAUUUCAUCUCAAAGUUUUGGUGUAAUUUGUUUGAAUGUAAAGUGUUUGAAUUAGUUAAAUUCCUUACAGGGGCUUAAAAUGGAGUACACUAGGAAAAAUCUAAUGGGAAGCAAUUAGGAACAUUUGUGCUUAGUUCUGUGUUCAGUCCAAAGACAAAUGAUGAUAACAACCUUAUUUUAUUUGUGUAAUUAAAGAGAAAAUAUAGAGAGCUUAUAUCAUUAUUAAAGCCCACCUGCAUCAAACGUUUGCCUCAACUUAAAAAUAUGAAAAAAGCCUUUUAAUAAACUUAUAUUAAAUCAAAAAUACAGUUUGUUCUAAAACCACUAAACCACUGCUGAACUCAUUUGGUAGUUCUUUAAAGCUAAACAGCAACUUCAACUAAUAAAUUCAUGUCUGUUUAAAAAAAACAGAUGUCUGUGAGCACCCUG